AUGCCGCAUUUGUCUCAAGAAUUGAUUUUAGGUAAAGAUUUCUUUAUUAAAUUCGGUAUUGAGUUUCAUUUUAAGAGGGAAUGUCCUAAUUUAGAUUCCUUGUCGAGUAAUUCGUCAGCUCUCAUUGGUUGUGUCGAUUUGGAUGGAGAUCAGAUAAGUCGGUUACAGAGUAAAAUUAGUGCUAUAGAAAAUUUUAUUGGCAUGGGUUUAGGUAGAACUAAUAUUUUAAAACAUGUUAUAGAUACGGGUGAUAGUAAGCCAAUUUAUCAAAAACAAUACAAUUUUUCGCCUAUCAUAAGGAAACAAAUAGAAACUGAGCUGGAUGAAAUGCUUGCGAAGGAUGUGGUGGAACCGUCCUAUAGUCCCUGGUGCUCGCCCAUAGUUUUGGUAAAAAAACCAAAUGGUACUAACAGGCUUUGUUUAGAUAGCCGACAUGUAAACAAAGUAACUAAAAGGGAUACGUAUCCACUGCCAAGAGUGACAAUGAUUUUGGAUAAUUUACGUAAUUCGCGAUAUCUUAGUACUUUUGAUUUAAGAACUGCAUUUUGGCAGAUUGAAUUAGAGGAUUCCAGUAAAGAAAAGACAGCAUUUGCAGUACCAGGCCGGGGUUUGUUUCAGUUUAAAGUUAUGCCUUUUGGUUUAGUAAAUGCAUCUCAAACGCAACAGAGACUGAUGGAUAUUUUAUUUCAUGAACUAGAUGGUAAAGUUUGGGCUUAUCAGGAUGAUAUUGUGAUUUCUUCAGAGACGUUUGAUGAACAUUUAAUUAUUUUGGAUAAGGUUGCACAUAUUUUGAAAGGUGCAGGUUUAACGAUAAAUAUAGAUAAGUGUCAAUUUGCUAGGUCCAGCAUGCGUUUUCUAGGUUACAUUGUAGAUAAAGAUGGGUUACGUACUGAUCCCGAAAAAGUAUCAGCGAUUUUGAAUUUUGAACGUCCUAAAACCUUCAAAGAGUUGAAAAGAUUUAUUGGUAUUGCUAGUUGGUAUAGAAGAUUUGUUAGAAAUGUUUCUGUUGUAGCGGCUCCUCUUCAUAGUCUAACAAAAGGGAAACAAAAGGAAUUUAUAUUUUAA